AUGACGAAUGUGAUAAAUGGCUAUAUACUAUAUCGGCUUAUGGUUGAUAGAAACAACAAAAGCACAGAUUCACGACGGCAUAGUUUAAUGCCUAUUUCAGAGGGUCAGAAAAGUUAUGUUUCUCAAUCACCACACAAAUCACUUUUCGAACCAUUCAGCUUGCCAGUAGUUCAACAUAUACCUAUCAGGCAGAGGUUAAGUUCAACUGGACAUGACAGCUUAAGUGCCGAUAUAUGCAGUGAUUUGGAUCAAUCAUUGGUUGUUUCUUCUAAUCCAUAUUUCUAUCGUCGACGACGAAUGUCAUUGUUGCAAACGUUAAGAUAUCAAAAUAGAUUGCUAGCAGAUAGUGGAGUGGAAUGUCGUAGUCAGCAAUCGGAUCGAGGCAGUGAAACAGCAAAAGGUCAUCGAUCAAGCUUUUCAUCACCAUUUUCAUCUUCAGUAACAAAAGAUUCAAAAGGAAGCUCUUCUAUUAUGAAACUGAGAAAUAAGACAUUUGCAUUUUUUGGAAAACGUUCAUCAAAACGAAGUCAAACUAUCGAUGAUCAAAUUUCCAGUGAUGAUUGUACAAAGUAUUGUCAGACUAAUGAAAACGAUCAGCCCAUUUAUUCUUCCAUUGAUUUAAAUGCAAAAGAAAUUCGACAUGGCAAAUCACCAUCAACGAAUGAUAGCGGUCAUGAAAGUCAAGGACGAAUUGUUACCGAUGAGGAAUAUCAGGAUGAUAAGAGUGGUGAUUGUUGUAAUAAACAGCAGGAAACUGUGGCUGUAAUUGAACAAUCAUCGGGAAUUCAUUCCGAAACAAGAUUAAAGAUUGCAUUGUAUUUUGUAUUAUUUACAUUAUCAUGCCCUCAACUUGGAUUGAAUCUGCCAAUUUAUCAUGAAAUAUGCCGUCGAGCAAUAUCAAAUCGACAGGAAUUCAUUUUGAUAGAUGAUUCGGAUAGUGAGGAAGAUAUUGAAGACAGUGAAGCCUUCAUGGCUAUCAUCGAGAAAUCAUUCGUUCCUGAUAAGAAAUUCAAGGAAAAUAAAAAUGAUAAUACUCCGAUAAAUUCGCUGAAAAAUAAUAGCUGUGAUGAAAUGGAAUGUAUUAUUGAAAAGGAUGAAAUCCAAUAUGCAGCGAAAUUACAUCGAAAUUAUCAUUUGCUUGAAAAUAGUCAGGAAAAAAAAAAUAGCACCAACGAAGAAUUUCCUUUUUCGCAACAAUACCAGCAGCAACAUUUGCGAAUCCCGAAAAAAUUGCAACAUCUGAAGUUAUGUAAUGGAUAUCUGAUUGGACAAGAAUAUGUUUCAUCAAAAUCUGAAAGAAAUUCACCAACGUCACGUAGUUCCACGGAGACCAAGAAACAUGACAAUGAGGAUGAGAGAAACUUAUCGAUGGAAGCUUUUCUGGGGAAAGAAAUACUUCGUUAUUAUCCGGAAUUAGAUUCACUUCCUUCCUUUUAUUCAGAUGAUGAAGAUGAUGAUAAUCUGUCAUCAUUAAUGCUCGAUCAUUAUCUGCCACCGAAAUACAAUUAG